AUGGGCCCGCGCCGCCGGGGACGCAAGGCCGGCACCCCCAGGAGGCGCGCCGCGAGCCCGGCCCCCGCCGCCCCGGCCCCCGCCACCCCUCGGCGGGGCGCCCCCUCAGGCGCUCCUUCCCGUCCACCUGCGCGCCCAUCUCUGCGCCCAUCUGCCCGCCGGGGACAUCUGAUUUUGAAGGAGAUCCGGAACCUUCAGAAGAGCACGCACCUGUUAUUAAGGAAGAUGCCCUUCUGCCGCCUGGUCAGAGAAAUAUGUGUUAAAUUCACUCGUGGUGUGGACUUCAAUUGGCAAGCCCAUGCCCUGCUGGCCCUACAGGAGGCGGCAGAAGCGUUCCUAGUCCAUCUCUUUGAGGACGCCUACCUCCUCUCCCUGCAUGCCGGGCGCGUCACCCUCUUCCCGAAGGAUGUGCAGCUGGCCAGGAGGAUCCGCGGCAUCCAGGAAGGGCUGGGCUGA